GUCUGGAGUAUAACUCCCCGCCUGUAUUCUCCCUCAGGACAAGAUGAAGCCAGGCUACACAGAGAGACUGCCCGGAACACUGAAGCAGUUCUCAGAGUUCCUAGGAACCAGGAAGUGGUUUGCUGGUGACAAGAUCACCUUUGUGGACUUCAUCAUGUAUGAGCUUUUGGAUCAACAUAUAAUGUUUGACGCCAAGUGCCUGGACGACUUCAAGAACCUACAGGAACUUGUAGACCGCUUUGAGGCUCUGGAGAAGAUUGCAGCCUACAUGAAGUCAAACCGCUUCAUAAAGACUCCUGUCAAUAACAAGAUGGCCAAGUGGGGCAACAACAAAGAGUAAAGAAACCAAUGACUGGAACACAUCAAUCAUAUGAUUUAGAUAUAGGAGAGUUAGUUCUGCAGCCACUGGGGGUCGUGGGACCUGUAAAGACAUCUAGGAUUUAGACCUGCAGGUACGGAGUAUGCUGGAUGAAUCAUUUGAUAAAUUAGCUACUCUUAAGGUUUACACAGGCAGCCCAAUUCUGUUCUUGAAUCCCAUUUUUAGUGGCAAAAUAUCAGAAUCUGGCUGCCUGUGUAAAUUUGCUUCCAUGCCAAUACUCAACCAGUCUUUGGAUUUGAGUGAGUGACUAAUGUUUGAAUGGCUAAAAGCAUUUACUGUCCUGACUUGUGAUUUUGUUUUUUACCUUUUUUGGGGGGGGGGGGGGGGGACUAAAA